AUGAACAACCCCCGCGUCUCUGCUAGUUCCACCAAACCGGACCUCGAAUCCUUGGCUUUACACGAUGCCUAUGAGGAACAAGAUGAAGAGUUCUCCUUUGUGUGCGCCAACCCAAAUGAUUCCCCAAUUAGCGCCGACGAUGCCUUCUUUAACGGCCAGAUCCGCCCCGUCUACCCACUCUUCGACAGAAGCCUCCUGUUCGUGGACGGGCAGGAUUCCGAAACACCCGAUAACCCUCCAUUGCUUCGCCCGCCCUUGAGGAAGUUGUUCGUGGAAAAGCAAUCGGAGUCGGAUACGGAGCUGGAGGGAGUUGUUGAAGGCACCUACUGUGAGUGGUCUCCGACGACGGCGGAGCUCGGCAAGAAGAGCAACUCCACAGGCUUCUCCAAGCUCUGGAGAUUCCGGGAAUUUAUGACGAUGCGCCGAAGCAGCAGCGAUGGCAAGGACGCCUUCGUUUUCUUGAGCAAUCCCAAUCCCACCACCCCAAAGUCCCCCCAAAACAAGCUACAACCUCAACCUCAAUCGGAUUCCAGAACCUCCACCUCCGCUCCAAAGCUCAACCGCCUCAAAGCCCAAACAGCAUCCUCUGCCCACGAGAUACACUACGUUAGAAGCAGAGCCCAGAAGCAAGUCGACAAACGCAGGUCCUAUCUUCCCUACCGCCAGGAUUUGCUUGGCUUCUUCACCAGCGUCAAUGGAUUCAGCAAAAAUGUUCAUCCUUUCUGA